GGGAAUCAAAAGGCUUGCAGAGGACAGUGCCGCCGACAGCACCGAGAUGCCCACAGCGGCCACUCUGGAGCAGGUCGGCGAUGUCUGCGUCUGGAAUUUGGAGACGGCGCUGGGAGUUUUAUGCUGGCCAGCUCUCAUCUGCUCCGCUUGGCUUCUCCUGUGUUCAACCGCAUGCUUCAGAGUGGCAUGAAGGAAGCGCAGCAGGGCGUCAUCAGGGUGGAUAUGGCGAGCCCAGAGGAGUUCAAAGAAUUCUACAGUUUACUCGGACUUUGGUCAUGGAGCGCCGACAAAGUGACUGGGGCAAACGUCGAUUCACUUCUUGCAAUCAGUGACUACUACCAGGUGGAUAUAAUGAAGCAAGCCUGCGAAGAUCUGCUGCUUAACCUUCCGCCCACUGGUGCUCGCCUCCUGCAAGCUAAGGAGCACCACCUCAAAAGACAGUACCUCAGGUGCGUUGAUGCUAUGGCCACGAGGAGUACAAAGGAGGACUUGGAGGUGCUUCCGCCGGAUGUCCUUGUGGAGGUGGCCUUCAAGAAGCAACAGAUUUUGGAAAAGUUCGCGGGCAUGGCGGAUAGGUUGACAAGGUUGAUCGAUAUUUUAAUGGAGAAUGAACAACUAACACGAUUAUUCUCCGCAGAUGAGCGAUUGAAAGACUACCUGAAAGAACUGGCAGAUUCCAUCGAUGGUGCCGAGAGCCCUUAUCGGUCCUGA